UUUUAAUUUCACUGAAAAAUUUCAACACCUGUCUGUCGAUUUUUCUUAAAAAUUCGUUUUUCAUUUUUAAUAAACUUGCAUGACGGCCUGUGGAAAUGUGAACUGAUAAUUUUUUUGUAGGUAUUCAUGAUCUCUACUUGAGAAAUAAAGUUCAAUGAAAUACAUUCGCUAUUGUAGGGGUUAUGGUCGUUGUAAAAUUGCGUUUUUUAAUUUCUUCCAUAGUUAACUGACAUGCAUUUACCACAGAUUAUAGCUGGCUGCCCAUCAAUACUGAUUCAGUGAAUAGUUUCUCUACUUACUCGUAUACCUCGUCUGUGGACGUACGUUUAUUGUUCGAAAUUCGAAAAUUUCCCAAUCACACGACUGACAAAAAUAAUUAUAACGGAAAUACAGUUUGUCUUCUUGUAUGUUAAUUUAUUAUUAAAUGAAAUGUCAAAAUCUGUCGUAUGAAUUGAAGAUAUUAAGCAUGGAUUCGUCUCGUGACUGGUUCGUAACGGUAUCGUCCUGCGACGAUACGAAUAAAAAUGUUUACGACCCGGGUCGCCACUGUCGCUCUUGUCGAAAGACUGGGUUACGUUAGAACCGCCUUUUUAAAACCAGCUGACGAGAUGUUACGUCAGCUAGUCGGUAGUGUCGGCUGUGUCGGCUGUGUCGGUAGUAUUCGGGCAACGGCGUUGCCAUUGGACGCACGCGGGCUGAUCAGAUCGAGCGUAGCGAGUCAUCGAUCAGGUCUUGAGACGCACGGCGUUAUUGCCAGUGUAGUGUCGGUUAUCCCGGGAGCCUGAAAUUUUCUCUCAUUUGAAUACGUCAGUUGUGAAUCAUGUCCUCCGACAACGAAAACUAUUACUCCGUGGUGCUUAGUUUGGUGAAAGAAGCUGGCUCGAUCAUUCGGGAAAAAAUUAACCAGCCUAAAAAUGCAAUGGAAAAAUCGUGCGAAGUCGAUCUUGUUACCGAAUGGGAUCAAAAAGUUGAGAAAUUAUUAGUCGAUGGUAUAUCUUCGAAAUUCCCGGACCACAAAUUUAUUGGCGAGGAAGAGAGUUCGCUUGGGAAAAAGAUCGAGCUAACGGAGGCGCCAACAUGGAUCAUCGAUCCGAUCGAUGGCACGAUGAAUUUUGUGCACGGUUUACCGCACACUUGCAUAUCAAUUGCGUUACUUAUUAACAAAACCACUGAAAUCGGAAUCGUUUAUAAUCCGAUUUUGGAGCAAUUGUUCACUGCCUGCAAAGGCGAGGGCGCAUUUUUGAACGGAAACCCCGUUAAAGUGUCCGAAGCGACAGAAUUACGUAAGGCUCUUGUGAUGAUGGAAAUGGGUACGAGCAGGGAUCCUGAAAAAAUGAAAAUUGUAUUGGAGAAUGCAAACAAUCUUACCCCAAAAGUUCAUGGAAUACGAGCUUUGGGAUCCGCAGCUUUGAAUAUGUGCAUGGUCGCUCUAGGCGGAGCGGACGUUUCCUUUGAAUAUGGCAUUCACGCUUGGGAUGUUGCAGCAGGAGAUCUUAUCGUAAGAGAAGCUGGUGGCGUGUGUAUAGAUCCAGCUGGCGGUCCGUUCGAUGUGAUGAACAGACGAGUUUUGUGUGCAUCGACGAUGGACUUGGCUCAAGAAUUAGCCAAAAUAUUAGUUCAGUAUUAUCCCGAACACGACUGAAAAUCUUAAAAUAAUAUACAUA